AUGGGAGACGACACCACCGUCAACGUCGCCGAGUACCUGUACACGCGCCUGCGACAACUCGGAUGUCACGCCCUGCAUGGCUUGCCGGGGGAUUUCAGUCUCCGGUCGUUGGAUUUCGUCGAGUCUUGCGGGUUGAAGUGGGUGGGGAAUGCGAAUGAGUUGAAUGCUGGUAAGUAGUAAGGAAAGAGAAGGAAACCUUAACUUCCACGGUGCGUAGUAGAGGGGAAUGCUGAUUGGGAUUUGCUAGGCUACGCGGCGGAUGCAUAUGCCCGCAUCAACGGGAUUGGAGCCAUUGCCACGACGUUUGGCGUGGGAGAGCUCUCGGCUGUGAAUGCGAUUGCGGGCUCGUACGCCGAGUUGGCGCCCGUGGUGCACAUUGUCGGCACGCCGCCGUUGUCGAGUCGGAAGGAUGGCAUGUUGCUGCACCACACGGUAAGACUAUGCAUACUCCUAUACCUCCCUCGACCUGCAUAUCACAUGCUAAUCCCCAGAAUUUCCUUCAGCUCGGCAACGGCGACUUCACCGUCUUCGCCCGCAUCGCCAAGGAAAUCACCUGCGCCCAGGCCGACCUGCUCGAUCCCGCCACCGCUCCGGCGGAAAUCGACCGCGUGCUGCGGACGUGUAUGAUCGCACUGAGACCCGCUUAUAUCCAGUUGCCGACGGAUAUGGUGGAACAGCGGGUUCCCGCACGACUGCUGAGCACGCCCAUCGAUGUCCAGCCGCUGGCGAGUGAUCGGGGGACGGAGGAGUUCGCGCUGCAGGUGAUUUUGAAGAGUCUGUAUGAUGCGAAGCGGCCUGUCUUGCUUAUCGAUGGCGCGGCGCAGAGGAGACGGGUUAGCCAGCCCCCAUCAACGCCAUACCGGUGAAGAAAGAGAGACAUCAUAGCUGACACAUUUUCCGGCAUAGAUCCUGCCUGAGGUCCAGGCCCUCGUCCGCAAAUCCGAAAUCCCCGUCUUCGUCGCACCCAUGGGCAAGGGCUCCAUCGACGAAGAUCUCCCCAACUUUGUCGGCGUCUAUGCGGGUGAGGGAUCCCAGCCUGCCGUGGCUCGCGCGCUGGAGAGCAGCGAUCUGGUCAUCACCAUCGGAACCAUCCAGUCCGACCUCAACACCGCCGGGUUCUCCUAUCAGAUCUCCAAGCUCAAUCGUAUCGAUAUCCACUGGGACCAUGUGGAAGCCAAGUAUGCCAAGUUCGAGCAGGUGUACUUCAAGUCCCUCGUGCAUCGGCUGACGCAGGAACUCGAACCGCGCAAACUGCAGCCUUCCGCUACACAGAUCCCGGAAACGGCUCUUUCGCCUUCGGAGAUCAACGUCAGGACCGCGUUCGAUUCCGAAGACAUCACCCACGGCUACCUCUGGCCUCGCAUCUCCUCCUUCCUCCGACAGGGGGACAUUCUCGUCACGGAAGCCGGGACGUCCUUCGUCGGUCACUGGGAAACCAAACUCCCCAAGAACGUCACCAUCAUCAACCAGAUCCUCUGGUCCAGCAUCGGCUACGGCGUCGGCGCGGCGCAGGGCGCCGCGCUGACCGCCCGGGAGAAGGGCACCGGACAACGCGUCAUCUGCUUCGAAGGCGAUGGCUCUUUCCAGCUCACGGCCCAAGAGCUCUCGACCAUGAUCCGUCACGACUUGGACGUUACCAUGUUUGUCAUUGAGAAUGACGGCUAUGAGAUUGAGAGAUGGUAAGUUUCGGUGUUGAAUAAAAUAUCCUCCCUGCUUUGCGACGACUUCUCCUCUCUAAUCAAAGGGUUGUUGUUUUUUUAUCUAGGGUCCACGGCCCCAACGAGUCCUACAACGACAUCCCGCAAUGGCGCUACGCGCAGCUCCCGCACGUCUUCAAUCCGGAAAAUUCCCAGCAUCGCGUCCGGUCUUGGCGCAUCCGCACGCGCUCCGAGCUCGAGGCCUUGCUCGGCGAUGAGGCUUUCGCUGAGGGCAAGGGUUUGCAGGUUAGUGGAAUUCUUUUUCCCUUAGGCGGGUAUGGCUCUGGAGGGAGUGGCUGCUGACAUGGAUGGGACUCUGCAGUUUGUCGAAAUGCAUAUGCCCCGUGGGGAUGCGCCCAAGACACUUUGCGAUUUCGCUAGGAGGCUGAAUAGGAAGAGCGACGUUGCGCAGUAG